AUGAGUCAUGAGCCAGGCGGUUGGUUCAAGGUGACUACUCCAUACUCGCGACCCACCGCGAAGCUUCGUGCUACACAUAUUGUUACAUCGCGGCUCCGAAUCUCUGUAGCGAAGCACCGUGCGGAUGUCUCUGAAGAUCCUCUACUUCCCUCCUCGUGUAUGUGCCAGCACCCCGGAACAGAUCCUCCGUGUCUUUCGAGGCUCCCUAUUGCCGAAGAACGUGGCGAAGGUGCUCAUUUAAAGUUCUGGGUAACUUACAAGAAACUGUCGAAUGAGUAUGAAGAUGACUUCAUUGACCAAGCGUAUGGUGAUUUAGCUGUUCUACGUCAGGUCGCUUAUCCGUUGUAUGGGCCCUACCAGAUCUCCCAAGUCCGGCAUGCUGUGCUGGGAGCUGUCUUUGAAGCUCAAGAACUAGUGUCUAUGACAAGUGAUUCGAUGCUACAGAGUGUCAACGUACAACUCCUGGAUGAGCUUUCUCGCUAUCUUUUAACUGCUAUAUAUGUCCGAAUUGCGACCGGAAUCCCCGAAACUGGACCCGACGCUUCUUUCCGCCAUGACCGAGACCUCAGCGCUCAGCUACGCCCGCCUCAUCUUUAA